UGAAGGGCUUCCCCUCUAACAGAACAGGGUACCCUAAUGCUGAGCCUCCUGUCUCAAGACCCCCAGGGGUCCGGAGGGUGGGCUCAGCUGGGGCAGAUCACAGAUUGUGAGAAUGGCCAGGCCUCUGGAGCAGGCGGUGGCUGCCAUCGUUUGCACCUUCCGGGAAUAUGCGGGGCGCUGCGGGGACAAGCAUAAGCUGUGCCAGGCGGAGCUCAAGGAGCUGGUGCAGAAGGAGCUGCCCACCUGGACCCCGACGGAGUUCCGGGAGUGUGACUACAGUAAAUUCAUGAGUGUUCUGGACGCCAACAAGGACGGCGAGGUGGAUUUCGUGGAGUACGUGCGCUCACUGGCCUGCCUCUGCACCUACUGCCAUGACUACUUCAAGGACUGCUCCCCGGAGCCCCCCUGCCCCCAGUAGCCUCUGCCGCAGGGUCUGCCCGGGACCUGCUCCAGCUCUGCCCUGUGGGGUCCUGGGCAUGGCACCCAUACCCCCUGCCCUCUCUUCUGCAUCCUUCUCAUGUGGAAUCUCCCAGGUCUGCCCCUGAUAUCCUAACCCCUGUUGCCUGGGGCAGGGACCUGUGAAGGGACCUGUCCCCAGGAUCACAGCUAGUGACAUGCAGAGCGGCCACCCGCUGCCUCCCGGCUGUGGUGUGUGAUGGGAGAGGCAGGGGCGCUUUGAGACUGCCCAGGCCCCCCAGAGCAUGUGCACGAAGGAGGCCCUGGUGGGAAAGGGCCUGCUGAACUCCCA